GAAACAUCCCUUCACACGAUAUCGAUAUUCUUCACAGAGGUUUUGGUUCCAUUCUACACGGUGCCAGUGUUUUUGUUUUCUUGUUUUGUUGUUUUCUAUUGCUGCUGUUGAUACCAUGCUGAUUGUUUUCAAAGCUUCUGUAUUUGUGAUGUGUUCGAUACUUUUCGCCGCCUAAUUCUCGACGCACUGCUGUUAUUAGUGAGCCGAAGUGCAAGUUCGCUGCUCAGUUUAAAAAGCUGAAAUCACAAAAUCAGCGGAUUACUAUAAUACUGCUGCUGCGCCUGACAGAUCAACAGCUUUGUCCCUCUCCUUCAGUGUCGCAUCGCCCUUUUAUCGUUCUGUCAAAAAAGGCCCUGUUAUCGUUCUUUUCCGUCUUAUCUGCCUGUAUUAUUUUUUUUACCCCCAUCACAAUGUCAUCGCGAGCGCAUCGCCUAAUAAAGGGCGCCGUGCUCAACUUUGCUCGCUCGCCGGGCGACAUAAGGACCACAGUGGGCAACAUCAUAUCGCGCGGUAAACAGGUCCAGGAUCUCGUGGCCAACCAGCCCAAGCCCACGUUUUCAAACACAGUGGCGCCGCUAGCAAAUUUUGAAAAUGACCAAGUCACCUUUCUGCAGAACGUCAGCGCCGACAAGAGCGUCCGCGAUGCCAGCUCAGAGGCCGAGCAGCAGCUGGGCGCAUUCCGCAUCGAAUCGCUGAUGCGCGAGGACGUGUACAAAUCUGUGCGCGCGGUUUUUGAUAACAAAGCGGAGAUGACUGCGCUGGAGCCCGAGGACCGUUUGCUGGUCGAGAAGAUGGAGGAGGAGUACCGCCGCAACGGCCUUGCUCUCAGCGCCGAAAACCGUGACAAGCUCGGUCAUAUCAGAAAGCGUUUGUCAGAGCUAAGUAUCACGUUUAGCCGCAACACUAACGAAAACGACGGCCGCAUCCUGUUUACCCGCCAGGAGCUUGGGGGCUUGCCGGAAGACUACUUUGACGGCCGCACUACCGAGGUAGUUGAUGGCGUUGAAAAGUUUGUGGUCACGACAAAGUACCCCGACCUGGUGCCUACGCUUUUGGCAACAGAGGAGUCGCGGUGUCCCGAGAAUAUCGCACUACUGCAGGAGGCAAUUGGGCUGCGCGUCGAAGCUGCGCGGCUGCUGGGGUACACGACCCAUGCCGAGUUUGUGCUCAAGCAGAACAUGGCCAAGACGCCCCAAGCUGUGCUAGAGUUCGAGCACGAUUUGCGCAACAAGCUCGAUGUUCUGGCCGACAAGGAGAUUAAGGAAAUCGAAGCGCUCAAAAGGGCAGAUAACAAGGCAGUAGACGCGCCCUACGAGGGUCUGUUCAACUGGGACUUCCGCUAUUACUCGAAUCAGGUCAAAGAACGCAAGCACAAGUACUUCCCGAUGAAGCAAGUGACGCGCGGCGUGCUAGACAUUUACCAGAAAAUGCUCAGUCUGCGGUUUGUCAAGGCAACCAACGAUGACUUUGUCGGCCACUUCUACCUUGAUCUGUACCCGCGCGACGGCAAGUACAACCACGCCUGUGUCAACCCAAUCCGCGCUGGCUUUGCGCACCCCGACGGCUCGCGCGAGUACCCGGUCGCGGUGAUGCUUGCCAACUUCCCCAAGCCUACAUCCGCGGCGCCCGCGCUGCUAACGCACGACGACACACUGACGCUUUUGCACGAGUUUGGCCAUGUCUUCCACCAUAUCUGCGCCGAAACCAAGUGGUCUCACUUCCAGCUUGACAGCGUGCAGAUGGACUUUAUCGAGGCGCCAUCACAGAUGCUUGAGAACUGGGGCUGGGAGCCCUCGGUGCUGCGCCAGUUUGCCGUGCACCACAAGACAGGAGAGCCCAUUCCUGAGGACCUUGUCAAGCGCCUUGUUGCUGCCAAGAACGAGGGCGCUGGCUUGUUCAAUUUGCGCCAAGUGUUCUUUGGUCUGUUUGACAUGGCCAUCCACAACACCGCCGACGGCAAUGUCGAUGUCAAAGCAGUAUACAGGGAGCUUCGCGAAAAGACCACCCAUGGAACCUGCGGCGCUGCGACCUUUGGCCAUAUGAUGGGCGGGUACGACGCUGGUUACUACGGGUACCUGUGGGCCAAGGUCUUCAGCUCCGACAUGUACGCCUCGCGCUUCCUCAAGGACGGCGUGGACAACCCGCAGACCGGGUUGGAUUACCGCCGUGAGAUUCUGCUCCCUGGUGGCAGCCGCGACGCGUCAGCGUUCCUCGAGUCGAUUGGACUGGCAGAGCAGCAGGCUUAAAAAGUCGGAUAACCCUCACGUGAUUUUCCAGCCAAUAGAAACAGCGAUUGAGCCUCUUUUUGCUUUAUACGCCAAAAUCUCGUUUUUUGGCAGAAAAUUUUUUCGUGCUUUAAACGCAAUUUCAAGACUUGCGAAUUUGCCAUUUAAAAUUUUACUCACAUAUUUAGCAUAGUUCCAAAUCUUCACGACGCCUAAUUUAAAUCGAAGCGAAAAAGGUGGGGGAGCUGUAAAAGCAAAUUUCUCUUUUUAAAUCGCAGAGUGCAUAAAUCUAUUUUUUUUUACUUCUCUUCUUUUUUGUCGACCGAUUUUUCUUUAAAAGCUAAUCAGCACUUUUUUAUAUUAUUUUCAGGACA